GGUGACGGUGGAAGUGAGGGGCCUGGGAGGAGAGGGGCGUGGGGCUCUCUUCUCCCUAAAUGCCCUGCGGGCUUUGGACACUUACUGGGCUUGGGGUCUUGCUGCAGAGAUGAAGCUGCCCCUGGGCCUAGCAGGACUCCUGGUCAUUCUAGCAACGCCCCAGCCUUCUGAGGGUGCUUUUCCAGCUGUCCUGGGGGAAGUGGAGACCUCGGUGGUGCUGACCUGCAUGGAGGAGGCCAAGCGGCUAGUGGACAAAGCCUACAAGGAGCGGCGGGAAAGCAUCAAGCAGCGGCUUCACAGUGGCUCGGCCAGCCCCAUGGAACUCCUGUCCUACUUCAAGCAGCCAGUGGCAGCCACCAGGACAGCUGUGAGGGCUGCUGACUACCUGCACGUGGCCCUAGGCCUGCUGGAGCGGAAGCUGCGGCCCCUGUGGCCAGGCCGCUUCAAUGUCACAGACGUGCUGACACCGGCCCAGCUGGAUCUGCUGUCCAAGACUAGCGGCUGCGCCUACCAGGACCUGGGGGUGAGGUGCCCAGAGGAGGACAAGUACCGAACCAUCACCGGGAAGUGCAACAACAAGUGCGGCCGCUGGGGACCGCCCCUCGGCGGGCGGGCAGUGGCUAGAGGGGGGUGGUCCCGGCCACAUGGCGUCAGCGCCCUGUUCCCCCACCCCUGCAGGCGCAACCCCACGCUAGGGGCCUCCAACCGCGCCUUUGCGCGCUGGCUGCCGGCGGAGUACGAGGAUGGCUUCUCCCUGCCCUUCGGCUGGACGCCCGGGGUCAAGCGCAACGGCUUCCCGGUGCCCCUGGCUCGCGCCGUCUCCAACGCCAUCGUGCGCUUCCCCACGGAGAACCUGACCCCGGACCAGGAGCGCUCGCUCAUGUUCAUGCAGUGGGGGCAGCUGCUCGACCACGACCUCGACUUCACCCCCGAGCCAGCCGCCCGCGUCUCCUUCCUCACUGGCGUCAACUGCGAGACCAGCUGCGUGCAGCAGCCUCCCUGCUUCCAGCUCAAGAUCCCGCCCGAUGACCCCCGCAUCAAGAACCAACGUGACUGCAUCCCUUUCUUCCGCUCCAGCCCAGCCUGCAAAGGGAGCAACAUCACCUUCCGCAACCAGAUCAACGCGCUCACCUCCUUCGUGGACGCCAGCAUGGUGUACGGCAGCGAGGACCCCUUGGCCAUGAAGCUGCGCAACCUGACCAACCAGCUGGGGCUGCUGGCCGUCAACACCCGCUUCCAUGACAACGGCCGGGCCCUGCUGCCCUUUGACAACCUGCACGAUGACCCCUGCCUCCUCACCAACCGCACCGCGAUGAUCCCCUGCUUCCUGGCAGGGGACAGCCGCUCAAGUGAGAUGCCUGAGCUCACCUCCAUGCACACACUCUUGCUGCGGGAGCACAACCGGCUGGCCACAGAGCUCAAGCGCCUGAACCCCUGCUGGGAUGGAGAGAAGCUCUAUCAGGAAGCCCGAAAGAUCGUGGGAGCCAUGGUCCAGAUCAUCACUUACCGGGAUUACUUGCCCCUGGUGCUGGGGCCGGUGGCCAUGAUGAAGUACCUGCCCCAGUACCGCUCCUACAAUGACUCGGUGGACCCGCGCAUCGCCAACGUCUUCACCAACGCCUUCCGCUAUGGCCACACCCUCAUCCAACCCUUCAUGUUCCGCCUGAACAAUCAGUACCAGCCUAUGCAGCCCAACCCUCGUGUUCCGCUCAGCAAGGUCUUUUUUGCCAGCUGGAGGGUUGUGCUGGAAGGUGGCAUCGACCCCAUCCUCCGGGGCCUCAUGGCCACCCCUGCCAAGCUGAAUCGCCAGAACCAAAUCGCGGUGGAUGAGAUCCGGGAGCGGUUGUUUGAACAGGUCAUGAGGAUCGGGCUGGACCUGCCCGCUCUAAACAUGCAGCGCAGCCGGGACCACGGCCUCCCAGGGUACAAUGCCUGGAGGCGCUUCUGCGGGCUUCCGGAGCCCAGCACGGUGGGCGAGCUGGGCACGGUCCUGAAGAACCUGGACCUGGCGAGGAAGCUGAUGGCCCAGUACGGCACGCCCAACAACAUCGACAUCUGGAUGGGUGCUGUGGCCGAGCCCUUGAACAGCAAAGGCCGCGUGGGCCUGCUCCUUGCCUGCCUCAUCGGGACCCAGUUCAGGAAGCUCCGCGAUGGCGAUCGGUUUUGGUGGCAGAACAAGGGCGUGUUCAGCCCGCAGCAACAGCAGGCCCUGGCCAGCAUCUCCUUGCCUCGCAUCAUCUGCGACAACACAGGCAUCACCGUCGUGUCCAAGAACAACAUCUUCAUGUCCAACACGUUCCCUCGGGACUUUGUCAACUGCAGUGCACUCCCUGUGUUGGACUUGGCUUCCUGGAGGGACAGGGACUAGAGACUGGGUAAGGGGGUGCAGUGGUGAGGUGAAGGUUGGGCAUACCUGGGCUGGCCAGUUGGAACCACAGAGAUCUCCCUUCCCUAGGUGAGCUCAUCCCUGUUCUGGGUGCCAGCCAGAAAAACCAAUGACUCGACAUUCAUUCGUGUGUGUGUGUGUGUGUGUGUGUG